GAACAUGCCAUGGCCUCUAAAGUACAACUUGAGAUAGUUGGUCUACUGAAAGCGCAUAACUUUCAAAUCGCCAAAGCAACGGCAGAGGGACUGAGACAGAAGUUCCCCUCAUCGUUCUCAGAUGUAAGCAUUCGUCCAUUACUGGAGUGUGACUGGCAUGAAUAUUUAAGCAACAAGAAAAAGGAGCUGAAAGGUGCGGUGUGGGAAUACGCCGGCCACCUGAUGUGUUUUGUGAAUUUUCGGCUUCUUGGAGACGAGAAAGACUUGUCAAGCUGGGCUCAGAAACACUGGGACUUCACCUUCUUUAGGCCACUUUCGCUGUACUUGGCUCUGACGGAAGACUACUACUCCAAACAUCUUCGAAGUACAGGGCACACAUUUGUAUUCAUGGAUAUUGAAAUCAAAGGAGAGCCGGUUGGAAGGUUACUGUUUGAGCUGUUUACAGAUGUCUGUCCAAAAACAUGCAAGAAUUUCCAGGCACUCUGUACAGGAGAGACAAGUUUGUCCAAGAAUGACAUCACAUUAUCCUACAAGGGGUCUGUAUUUCAUCGAAUGGUCUCCAAUGGCUGGAUUCAGGGUGGAGAUAUUUCACCAGGAGCCAGAGGAAAUGGUGGAGAGUCCAUUUAUGGGCCAACAUUUGAAGAUGAAAGCUUUGCAGUUUCUCAUAGUAAGAGAGGUAUCUUAGGGAUGGCCAAUCAAGGAGCUCACACCAAUGGAUCACAGUUCUACAUCACUCUGCAGCCUGCACUCUGGAUGGACAGGAAAUAUGUGGCCUUUGGACAAGUGGUUGAAGGCACAGAAGUCCUAAAGAAACUGGAGCUUGUACCCACCUACAAUGAGAGACCUGAAGAGGAAUGCAAAGUCAUUGACUGUGGGGUAUUUCUACCUUGA